GCGCUUCCAAGACCGAGAACUACAUCAGUGUUUUUCAACAUAUCCGCGACCGCUGGGUCGUUCCCUUCAACAGCUUCUGCUUCCCAAGAACAACAACUACAUCAUUAUAAUGGAUCCAUUAUCAAGAACAUGACUCCUCAACAACGACAACGAGUGCCGCCGCCUCCUCCCCCUUCUUCUUCUUCUGAAAGAGCAAAAAAUCAAGUUUUAAACAUUCCUGGUGAUCCCUCACAAACAAGUCAAAGUCAGGAGGACAUCCCACUGAGCAAAUCUUUUUUACGUGAGCUAGUUGAAAGUUUGCAACCUGAAUUUAACAGCCGAUCAUCUCCUUGCCGACUGGGUUACGGCGGUCUCGACUAUGUUAUUACGGCUUGUCACAACUACACUGCAUUGAUUCACUUUCACUUCAUCGUCAUUCUACUUGGCCUGUCCUUCAUAGUCAAAUAUUAUUGGAGAGAAGUUCAGUAUAUCAGAGUCGACGGACAGCACUAUCAGGGACGCACGAAUGACAUUGCACUCAACAUUUCAUAGGAAAGAAGUCAAGUAGGAUGGAAAUUGGGAAUGUAUCAAAGUUGUAGUCUUUAAUCUUAUGGGAAGAGUAGCGCUGAACACUGCGCGAGAAGAGGCGGCCGCUUUCUCGAACUUCGAUGGUAGACAGCAGGACACAGCUUUUUUGCAAGCACGACCUGUAGACCAGCUUGUCUCUAGAAAUAUUACAAAAACAGCAAGAACACAACCCAACUACAACAUGGAAGAACAACACAAUCUCAGUCAUAAAAUGAACAACAUACCAACUCCUACGAUCUACGAGACUCCCGAUCCACUCGCAGAAACCUCCAGAACAAGAAUUUUCAAUACUACACCCAGAAACAGAACGAGGGCAGUUGUGUAUUCUGCUACAUCUAGCACGACUACGCCGUACGAGGAGGAGGAGAUUCUUGUAACAACGCCGUACGAGGAGGAGGAGGAGCCAUUCUCAAUCGCACAAGACUCCCUUUUCCUUUUCCAGAUCGCGCGGGAACUCAAACUGUAGCAGGAGCAAUACGACGUUCCGAUUCUGUUUCGACCGCCGUCACUAACGGAACUACAACUAGCAGAAGUGCACACAUCUUCCGGUCUCUUUCAGCCACCCCUUCUUCGCGUGCUCGGUCACAGUCCAACAAGACCGAUGUUCCGUCGACCUGUGGGAGUAUCAGGACAGAGUAGUUGGAGCAGACGACCACAGUGACACCAUCGGAGUACCUACAGCUGGACGAUGGGUCUGCCAUGGAGAUCGGUGGAUCCGUUGUCACCUGCACCUCUCCCUUCUGUACUCCUGGCGUAAAAGGUUGGUGUGGGCCAGAGCUUCAUCUUGUGCUUCAUCUUGUAGUAAACCUGCUACAGAAGGCGAAGAUGUCAUAGGACCUGGAUGUACAUCUGGGAACGACCUCUUGCUAGGUAAAUGAAUGAAUGAAUGAAUGGGUACCUCCUCCACCUAUUUUUAGAACACAAUGUCGCGAUGUUGUGAAGCGAUUUGGAACGAAGGAAUCGUGCGGUCUCUCCCAAACGGCGACCUACGUUAUGAUACAUGAUUAUGUGUAAAAUAAUAGCAUUAUAUACAAGCACAAGGUCGCUACGGAAUCAGGCAGGUUAAGUUGUCGCGUGGUUCGCAAAUGAGUGAAUGACUCAAAAUACCUGUAACUGGUUCUGUUGUGCCUUGGCUGUGUUCCUUGUCUCUCGCCCAACAAACGGAGACUUGCAUAAAAAUCCAACGCUUUCAUACUCAUUCUGCGGUGGAGUCGAUACGAGGUGCGGGUGUCGAAUUUGUCAAGCGCGAGACAGGAAGAGCAAUCGAGUUUUCUCAUGUUAGUCGUGAACUAGUGGACCAGGCAUCAAAUAAGGAUGUGAAAAUGAUCCGUGGCAAUAUGUCAUGUUGAGCGGUGAUCUGCUUCCUUCGAUAUCUUCUGCAUCAAGUAUGUUCGAUAUGGGUUAGAUUUCUCAUCUUUAAGGGGUUGGUAAGAACAAAAUUUUGCUUCCGAUUACUCGAAAACUGAAAAUAACCGAGGUACUGACUGAAAUAAGGGAGGUAGCUUUGACAGGGCUACUCUUCCUUGUUCAGUAUCUCGCUUAUUUUCAGUAGUUGCUCGCUUAUUUCAGUUUUUCGAAUAGAAUUAUCGCGACGCAAUCUGUCUAUCAGCAUUGAAAUUACAACCAAGCAAGCCAAUUUUGUUUAAGUGAAGAUGUGAACUUUUUCACUAAGAAGCAUCUUCAACAGUACAAUCUAUCGUUUCUAAGUAGAUCAUGUACUGAAAGAAAAAGAAUAUAGUGUUCUAGUUUAAAUUUGUUGUCUGUCUAAUUGCAAAGCAAAGAAGUUUUUCCCAAUCGCACGCAUGAACUUCAAAUUGUGCGAAAUGUCUGUAAAACGCAAGCGGUCCUAUGAUCUUUUCUUUUUUGGUCUUGGUUUUUCUAUUAGACCCUCUAUCUUCUCAACAGUCUGCUCAUCAGUGUGAAGCUCCCAUGGCAUCGGCGAUUGGAAAGGAUCAUGAACCAGUGGUGGAAAUCAUUAGUACAAGCCUGGAACAUAGUACUCAUUCUUACAUGAAGAAAAGAAC